ACAAGGGUAAUAAACUUUACUAUCGACAUGCAUGCCAAGUUUCCCGAUGAAGACAUUGAUAUACCAGAUGCUGCUCAUCGUCAUAACUUUAAGGAGACUUGUCAAGAGGGACAGGGGUAUAAUAAUAUAAACAUAUAUGCACCUCCCCGCUGUCAUGCAACGUAUAGAGGACCCAAAAAGGUACCGUUAAUUCUACCAAGACCUGACGAUCGAAUAUUGCGCGACGCUUCAUAA